CAGAUUUAAUACAGCACAGAGCGGAGCUGGCUGUCACAGUUCUACCCUGGAUUGUAACAGAAGGAGACACAGAGAAGCCCUCCUGCAGCCCCUUAGAGCCCACCACCACCACCAUGGACGUCAAACUGCUGGCUCUGAUGGCUUUGUUGGCCGUGGCUACACAUGUACCAACAUCCACCGCAAAGCCCAUCAGUCUGGUGGAGCGCUGCUGGUGCCGCUCCACCCUUAACACAGUUCCUCAGCGCUCUAUCAAAGAGCUCAAGUUCCUCCACACACCCAACUGCCCCUUCCAAGUCAUUGCCAAGCUGAAGAACAACAGGGAGGUUUGCAUCAACCCAGAGACCAAGUGGCUGCAGCAGUACUUAAAGAACGCCAUUAACAAGGUGAAGAAGUCCAGGAGACGUAAUAACAAGACCAAGAACUAAGCUUAUGGGAUGUUCUCUGUCAGACCUGGGGCCUCAGGUUGAACCUGUAUACCUCCCUUUCACUUCUAUGGAUGUAUGUAAACAUGCUGUAUGUACCCGUCCACUGUUCUGGACUGCUUGCAGAAACAGCACUUCACCGCCAAACUAUGCCGUCCCCACCACCACCACUACCACUGGUCCCACUGUGACACUUGACCCAUAAAACCACCAAGUGCGAUUAUACCUGAACUUGGAAUGUCUGGGCGCGUUGUUGUCAUGUAUAUGUGUGUGUGUGUGUGUGUGUGUGUGUGUGUGUGUGUGUGUGUGUGUGUAUGUAAGUGUUGGGUGACUGGCAGAAGAGCAGAAAACGUGUGUGUGUGUGUGUGUGUGUGUGUGUGUGUGUGUGUGUGUUUGCGUGUGUGUGUGUGAGUGUGUGGUUGUUUGCUUGAAUGGUCGACAUAUGAACUAACUCUGAUUGUGUGCUUGUAUAUAGUGUAAUGUUUUUCACAUCAUGUGUCUGUAAAGAAACAAUUUUGGUUUUCUGUCUUAAACAAAAGGGUUAUGGGUAAUGCCAACUUUCUAUCAUGUCAGGUUAUCUGUGAGGGUUCAGUAGGUAAGAUAAUGAAAAAAUAUAAAAUUCCUGUAGUUCAAUCCACAUGAUUUAUGUUUUCAUCAGAAAAUAGGAAUUGCUGUGUUUUGUUUUGUUUUUUUGCCUGAGAAUAAACUUUUUAUUUCUACCGAAGGAGCAGGCGACCAUAAGGUGCAGCAUGUUUCUUUUUAUUUUCCUUAUUUUCUGUUGUGUAACUUCCAUUACUGUCUCUGACUAAGUUUAACAAUGGAUCACAGUUGAUAUCUCCUAAAAUAAUCCACUAGCUCUUGAGUGGGAUUUAGCGGACACCAUAGGGGAGAACAUGACGAGUGGUGUUCAGUUAGUUGCAGUUUGCUGCCUAACCACUAGAUGUCACUAAAAUUACACUCUGAACCUUUAAUAUAAGCUCUUAUUUACAUCAAUAUUAAUAUACACUGGCAGUAUAUGCUAAUCUUUAUGGCAAAAUAACAAAAUAGGGUGGCAAACAUCUUCUGAUAUGAGAUGAACGAGGCAUUACUCCAGCCCCAGGGGGUCAUGGGAAAGCCACACAGGUUGGCAUAACCCGCUACAUGUGGCAACCAAUCAGGGCAGGUCAUACUACUACAUGUCAUUCACUCAUCAGACUGCUAAAAAAAAAACAACAACAAGUGCUGAUGUUGUGGUGCUUCAUAAAUGUAUUCAGUUUAAGGUGUCAGAGGCUUUGACAAUAUGUUAUUUCACUGUUUAUUUUAUGCAAGAUUUGAGAUGGGUCACAUAUCACCAACCUAUCUGUAACAUAUGAGUCCGUGAAAAGUAAUUUGUACUGUUGUUCACGUUGAAAUUAAAAAUAAAGGCCAUACUAUUCUGAUAAAGAAACGCAAUAAAACAUAAUAUAAUGCAUUUUUUUGUUACUGAGUGAUCAUAGUGGUAGAUAGAGACCAAAUAUUUAUUCAGUAAAACAUGCAACAAUGAAGAAACCUGUGAACCUCAAAAUGAAUUUUUUUCAUCUGUUGUUAGUAAAACAUGGAGGGUUGUGAUAAAUCUUAUAGUUUUAUUGUUUAUAUACCUUUUUAAAGGCUCUGGAUAAAUAUAUUUCAUGAAAAAUGAACAAUUUAACAAGAGUAUUUUCAUACCAACACCUGUCCUUGGUAGGAAUGAAAAGCUAAGAAUUUGUCAAAUAUAAAAGCAACUGCAUAAUAAAUGUCAAAAAGGGAAUGUUAAGGGUGGUGAGUUUUUGAUUUAAUUUUUCUUAUAUAUAUAUAUAUAUAUAUAUAUUUCAGCCACUGUAUUAUAAGAUGUUUCUUUUAAAUGUAAUUGUUUAUUUUUAUAUUGUGUAGAAUCUUACUAAAUACUUUUUAAUGCAAUGUACAGUAGACAGUAGCUGCUAAAUGAAGGUUAUUCCAUAGACUGCAACAAACAGUAUUAAACUUCAUUUUAGGGUUUUUAUGCAAUGUUACAUGUGUAUUUUUUGCAAAUAUGUUACUUCACAUUACUCCUCUAAAGGAAUUUAAGCCUUUCAUUUCUAUUUCUUUUAAAUGUGGAUAA